AUGGCUUGUUCGGAAGGGUUCCUGCCUACGGCCCCCAGGUACUGCAGUGCAGUGCCAGCUCUGGACAAGCUCUCGUGCUCCAGCGCCGCACCUACUGUCAGCCCCUGCUGCAGGAGCUCUUUUGUAGUGCAUCCAGCCUGGAUCGCCGAGCCCCUUGCCCCCCCGAGGUGCCAAAGGAUUAGCCACUGCCUCCCUUCCCCUGGCCCAGCAUGGAAGAGGCUGAGCACAUCGGAGAGAUCAGUGGGUUUAGACAGCAACCUCCCUGUGCUGGUGAGAAGGGAACAAGAUGGAUUUUAUUACCGUGGUACAGUAAAAGAGGAGAUAGAGAGUGAAAGAGGCAUGUUCUUGGUAGAGUUUGCCAAACCACUUGUGUCACGUGGAAGGCAUCCAGCGUGUCUGCAAAAAACAGCGAAGGAUGACAUCCUGGAAUAUGUGAACGGGAUGAAACACUCCUUACUCCCAGGAGACAAAGUGAUGGCACCCUGGGAGCCAGAUAUGGCCAGGUAUGGCCCAGGAACUGUCCUCACAGGAACUGAGACAAGGGACCCCUUACGAGCUUCAGAAGAUGAAGAAAUUAUGGUCCAGUUCUGGAAUGACAAGAAAGUGAAACUCCCGCGAGGUGUGGCUUUGUGGAUCCCCCCUAGCCAGUGGGAGAGGAUAGUAGAGAUGAUCCACAUGCCUUUCACCAGCAGGUUGAAGCCCAGAGAAACUCUGGAUGCUAACUCUUGUAUUUUUUCCUGCAGUCCUAAAACAGCCCUGAUUCCUGUUUGUGCUGUACAUAGCCUUGCCAAGCACUGCUUGCUCUGCUCACCCCAUUUCCACUACCACUGUGAUGGUUUAUGCUGUUUGACAGCGUGUGUACGGUGCAUCUGCUGCUGCCGUCCCCGUGCUGAUGCCUGGUGGCCUCUUCCAUCCAGGUCUCUGGUUUUUCAGAGAGAGACUGAAGAGGCAGAGUCCAGCAGCGAGCCCUCUCCACACCUUCUAGAACUGGAAGGCCCAAACCAAGAAGAACCAGCAGUUGUGGCAGCAUCUUCCCUCUCUUCAGAUUCAGAGUGGGACCUGGAGCCAUUCCCCACUAAGAGUACUGUGGUGGACAGUGCUGUUAACACAGACUCCGGCUGUCCUGAGAAGCCCAGGCUAAAGGAUUCUGCAAGACCAGAGGGAAAUACUGGAAAAGAAGCUGCCACAAGUCCCAUCCCAGUAAUUCAGGACUCGGCAGUCGCAGCAGCACAUGUACAAAGGGCAAAUCGGAAUCCAAAGGCAUCUCCGCUGGGGACAUGUCCCAUGUUGCCCUGCCUAAUUGGAGUGCAAUGUUUGAAACCAUCAAGCAGCCUCCCAGAGGGCAACUCACAAUGA